AUGCGCAGAAACAAGCUUCGGGCAGAGGAGGAGACCUUCCCGUUGGCUAAGAUCAGCUCCUUGGCUAGCGACGGCCUACAGGAAUAUCAGCAGCUGCGUCCUAUUCACAUAAAGAUUCCACACAUAGCGAGGUCUGUGAGAUGGCGCCCUCCUCCAACAAGUUUACUCAAAGUUAAUUUUGAUGGAGCUUACUUUGCAGAAGACAACAAGGCUGGCCUUGGCAUUAUAAUCCGUAACGAUGUCGGAUUAGUUAUGGCUGCUAUGACACAACAGAUUCCACUACCUGCUUCGAUGGAGAUGGUGGAAGUGUUAGCAACGCGCCGAGCUCUUUGGUUCGCUAUGGAGCUGGGAUUUGACAGAUUGGUAGUUGAAGGUGAUACCGAAGUGAUUAUUAAUUCUAUCAAGGAAGGCAAUAUGUCUCACUCUGCGUUUGGGCAUAUCUUGCAAGACAUUACUUCCCUUUGUUCUUUAUUUAGUUAUGUAUCUUUUCAGCAUAUUAAGAGACAAGGUAAUGGCGUAGCUCAUAAACUUGCUAGACGAGCUAUUACAAAUCUCUUGGACGUUUGGAUGGAGUCUAUUCUUCCAGACACAAACGAUGUUUACAAUUUUGAUCUUCAUUUUAUUAAUCAAUAA